ACGGCACGGCGGUACUCGCCCGGGCGACCGCCGGCGCCAACGGCCGCGCCUAACGGUCCGGCCGCGCGUCCCCUGCCGCUCCAGCCGCGCGGCUUCCCUUCUCUCGCGCUUAGUUCCCGCUGCCGUUCUGCAAAACUCUCGCGUUUAUCAGCGAGCAACGCGAGAUUUUACCCCGAAAGGGCCGCGCGCAGUCUCGAGCCCCCAGGGCGCGAGAGGCCGGGCGCUCCGCCGAGCCGCGCGGUAGGCCGAGCUGGCCCUUUAAGGAGGAGCAGGGCUGGACCGCGGCGUCAUUGCGCCAGCGCGGGAAAGCAGGAAGCGGCGCGCUUGAAGAUGGAUUCUCACAAAGAAGCUCAGCCUAAAGGAGAGUUCAAAUGUCAGCUUUGUGGCUUAACAGCUCCAUACACCUACUAUGGGCAGAAGCCACCAAACACGCGCUCUAUUGUGCUUUUGGAAGAAAGCUAUGUUAUGAAGGAUCCUUUCACCUCUGACAAGGACAAAUUCCUCAUCCUUGGGUCUCAGUGCAGUUUGUGUAGCAGAUCAGUGUGUGUCGGUACAGAGUGUAGCUUGUUUUACUCCAAAAGGUUCUGCCUCCCCUGUGUGAAUGACAACCUGAAGGCUUUUCCUUUGGAAAUACAAGAAGAUAUGGAUAAAAGGAAGCCCCAACCAAAAUCCUUCCCCUCUAAAAAAAUGGAUGCAAGGACUUAAAUACUGAAGGACCAAAAUAGACAGUUUUUUGGCUGGGAUUUUGCCUCUCUCCUUUUCCAGACUAUCAUGUUGCUCCUGUUAAAAGAAGUGACCUUCAUCAGCUUGCUACUACAGAAAACAGUAACACAUUUCCUUGCAUUUGGCUUGCCUUCAAGCAUCAUCAUGCAGCAGUUGCAGUGCCAGCAGUAUGGCCUAAAGGUGUUGAAAAGCCAGAAAGGCAGGCAGACAAGCCUGUUGUCACCACAUUAAACGCAUGUAGUAAAAAACCUAAACAGCUUAAAGCAUAGGAAAUACAUCCAAAUUUCACAUUUGUUAUUUUAAUAAUGUUUUGUGUUGUUCUUGACACGUCUACAGUGUUAUGAAAAGCAGAGACCGAUUUAUCUGGCUUAAUUCAGCACACGUCCACGGAAGUCAGCAUACACCAUUGUUAACCAGACAAUGUGGUCUUAGUAAGAUUACAGUAGGCAAGGAACUCAAAGUUUUUUUUUUUCACUCUAAAAUAAACCCAUUACAAGAAAAUGUCAUAGAUACUCUUAGAAAUAUCUAGAUUUUUGAAGGUCAUAAUCUCAAUACUAGCACCCUUUUAAGACGUCUGACAGUAAGUACUCUUAUAAUAAAAUGCCAGCUGAUACUUACAAGUCUGCAGUCACUUUCCACUCAAACUUCUAGUCCAUACCAGGAUAGCAGUGGGAGUGAUUAGGGACCCUUACUACAUCCACCUUAGGCUUUGCGAAUAAAAAUGACUUCACUUUCACAUCAGAUAAUCUGGAAAUAGAAAAAUUCAGCUAAUAAGUUCAAUUCUUUCCUGAAGUGUGCAAUUAAACUGCAACUAGAGUAAGGAUCCAAGAAACAUGAUUUUGGUCACAAAAGGGUUAAAAGUUGUUAGGGAAAAAGCAAUUGCUUAGCUCAAAUAUUAGCUUUGUGAUUAUGUACGUUGACUGUGUCUUAGUUACAAGGAAGAUUUAUAUGGUAUCUGUAUCACACCACUUAGUCACACACUUUGAGGAUAUAUCUGCAAUGCUAUCUAAUCACCAGGUCACAUCAUUUAGUCAAGCAUUUGUUGGGCAUUGGUUCAGAACAUGUUAAUGUCUUGGUUAAUAUCUGCCAUUUUCUCAGCUCUUCCAUCCAUAUGUUUUGUCAUAUGUUAACUUCUGGAGUUAAUCAUUUCAGUGGAGUGAACUGUCUGUCUGUUAAAAGAACCCAACAUAAUUUCAGUGAGUUAUUUUAAGUUAUUUAGGGCAAGAAUAAAUAAAUCUUCCUUUU